CAUGCGCGCCGCGGCGCCCCCUGUUCCGUGGUGAAUGGUGCAGUGUUGCCGAGAGGAAGUGAGUGAGUGAGAGAGAGCGCGCGAGCGCUGCAGCCUCGAGACUGGAGGAAGUGCAGUGAGGCGCGAGCCGCAGUUGUCCGUUAGAGAGCCGUGAGCUCGAGCGGCACUCACUCACUCUCACACGCACGCACGCACAGGGCUAGAGGCAGGGGCUGAGGAAACAUGCCGCGGGUCGUCCCUGAUCAGAGGAGCAAGUUCGAGAACGAGGAGUUCUUCCGCAAACUCAGCCGCGAAUGUGAGAUUAAAUACACGGGUUUCCGCGAUCGGCCGCACGAAGAGAGGCAGAUGCGCUUCCAGAAUGCUUCCAGGGACGGCCGGUCUGAGAUCGCUUUUGUGGCUACUGGAACCAAUCUAUCUCUGCAGUUUUUCCCAGCAAACUGGCAUGGGGAGCAACGACAAACACCAACCCGAGAGUAUGUGGACUUUGAUCGUGAAUCAGGCAAGGUGUACUUAAAGGCCCCUAUGAUUCUCAAUGGAGUCUGUGUGAUCUGGAAGGGCUGGAUUGACCUCCAGCGACUUGAUGGCAUGGGAUUCCUGGAAUUUGAUGAGGAACGUGCACAGGAGGAUACCUUAGCUCAGCAGGCAUAUGAGGAUGUUCGACGGAGAGCCAGGGAUUUUGAAGACCGAGACCGGUCCCAUCGAGAUGACAUGGAGGCACGCAGGCAGCAGGACCCCAGUCCCGGCUCCAACCUGGGGAGCGGAGAUGAACUCAAACUACGCUAGCGUGCUGGGAGCGGCCUCGCUGUGGGUCUGUGUGCGGGAGAUCAAGCAGCUUUUUGGGAGACUGGAGUAGAUAUGGCUGGAGGUGCUUUGGUCCUGAUCAAGAUAUCUUUGUCCUGUCCCCACAGCCCCUGGCCUGUGGCUGCCCCGUCCAGUACAAACUGCCAGGGAUUGCACUAUGUCCAUGUUACAGUACCUGCAUUUCCUGUUGUAUGCAUGUAGCCAGUAGCAAUUUGUGUGACGUUGUUUUCUAUGCAAGCCUUUUUUUAUUCUGUUAUUGGCAAUAUUUUACCAAUUUUUGUGUAAAAUUCCCUUUUAUGUAUUAAACUUGUCUUUCCCCUGUUGUGUGAUACAAGAACAGUGCAGGAAAUCUCAUCAAAACAUUAGGUCAAUAUAUAUUUCAGUUGGAUAAGGAUUUCUUUUUGCUAAGUGGUAGGAAAUCAGGAGUUUCCACUUUCUGCCUUUUCUUUAAAUUAAACUCUGGGCUGCUGGAGAUUAUCUGCUUGCUUUUGCUUUUCUUAAGCACUGAGGGAAUGUAUUGUUUCCCAUUUAGCAGUUUCUAGCUCUUAUUUUAUAUUCUCUAAAGACAUAGCCGCAUAACAAAUUGUUUCAGUUUAAAUUACUGGAGGAAACUGAAAAGAAAUGAGCAGUGUAGAGCAGGUGGCCAGCAAAGGUAAAUGCAUCAGGCCCACAAAGGAUUAUGAGACAAAAGCUGUGUUAGUGCAGGGUUUAAAGUGUGGUGUAGUGUUGAAAGGUGAAAUAUAUUCUGAAAUGGAAGCUGCAAUGUAUAAAUAUUGUAAGGAGUGCUAGUGCAGAAAAGUCUUUAACGGAGACUGUGUUUGAACUUGGUGCUUUUUACCAAUUUCAAUUGCCACCUACCCGAAAAACCCACCUAGAAUGGUGAUUUUCAUCAAUGCACCUUUUGAAAUCAAUUAAUUGAUGUGCACAGAAAUUUUAAGGAAACAUCAGUGACUUUCACGAUAAUUUUUUUUAAAAGCCGCAAAACAGCAUACUAUUGUGCUUUUUCAUACAUUUCUGUCACAUAAAAAGUUUCAUCCUGAAUUUGGGGGUGUGAUCUGUGUUGCCUGCAUGCACUGUCUGCAGUUUGAAUUGUAUUGUGCUGGACAUGUUCAGAUUGACCAAGUUCUGAGUGUACUCUGCCCCUGCCAGGGUGUGCCGUGAGUCUGCACUGGACCUGACAGGUGCUUUGCAAGUACCUAAAAUUGGUUUGUGGCCCUGUGGGCUAUUUCCCUGCUCUGCAUUGCUUUAAAAAAAAUCUUAAUGCUGGCAUUAAGAUGGGAUGUUCUGCUUUCUACUAUUCAGUGCAAGGUUUUCAAAACUUUUUACGUUACUGGUUUUAAGUUAUUGAUGCGAUGUUAAUGAGAUAUUUUUCCAUUCUGUAUUUAAGUAGAAAGAAUUGCAUCUUUUUUACAGUACCUCCCCCUAAGGGGUUGCUUUGAUUUAUCAGAAUAGCCUUUGCUACCUUUUGUUGAAUCUAAAGCAUUUUUCUUUUGGAUUACUUUCAUAAUAAACUUCUAUCCACUCAA